AUGGAUACACUGAGAAACUUAUGGGCUAUCUUGCUUAUUUCCAUAGCCAUUGUUGGUUCACAAGGUAAUGCUAAGGUGGAAAAUGGCACUGCUACUAGUCAAGCAGGCACUCUUGCUUUUGAUCAAGGCAACACAACAGAAGCAAGAAACAAGAGCGCUUCUAACACUACUGAAGUUGUUAUCAACAGCAAAAACAAACACUCUUGGAUGAAUAGAGGAAGAGGUGGAGGAGGCGGCGGUGGUGGUGGAGGAGGAGGUGGUGGUGGUGGUGGUAGAGGUAGUGGAGGCGGUGGAGGCGGUGGAGGAGGAGGCUACUCGUGGAGUUGGGGUGGUGGAGGUGGAGGUGGAGGUGGAGGUGGAGGUGGUGGUGGUCGAGGACGUGGCGGUGGUGGAGGUAGCGGGUGGGGAUGGGGUGGAGGAGGAGGAGGGAGUGGCUGGUGGAAGUGGGGUUGCGGCGGAAACGGAGGAGGAAGAAGGCAUCAACAUGUGUACCGGGGGACGGGGAGGUUCAGUGAGGAUCAUUACAAGCUAGGAGAGUUUGCACAAUGCAUGCGUAAAGGGAUGUGUCAAGGGAAGAGAUUGGAUUGCCCUCUUCACUGUGGAGGACCUUGCUACUACGACUGCCAAGAUAUGUGCAAGGCUCACUGUCGACGUCGAUGA